AUGUGCAGAAGAAAGUCCCCGUGCUUGUCCACAGCGAAAACCCCGGCCGGCGUAGAAUCGCUCGUGAUCCUCCAGUACGUACAUCGACGAGAUAUGGCCUUCAAUUCAACCCCUUACUUGCUCCCCAAACAUCCUUAUCCGAGAUCCCAAGCUCGCUUCUGGGCCGAAUUCUCCGACCAAAAGUGCGUGUUUAGAGCAUGGAAAGCUUUUUGGCGGCCGAAAGGCGAAGAGAAAGACAAGGCCAUUGAAGUUUCAGUGGAAAGGUUUGAGUACCUUGAGAAGCGGAUUCAGGGCAAGACAUUCUUCGGCAGUGGAGAGGACGGUGAAGAAGAAGAAAAUGAGAAGAUUGGGCAUUUGGAUUUGGUGUUGGGUUGGAUCCAACUAUGA